CGGCUCCUCCCGGGGUGAUAAGGAAGUCCCCCUGUUUGGCUUUGCGCCGGGGGUCGAGUGGGAGAAGAGAGAGAGAGACAGAGCGGUUUCCAGCGUUGAAAUAAAGCGGGCAAUCGCGCGACACAAACUUUUUUUUUGCAGCCGCGAGACGGGUCGCUGAACUGCUGGAAGGGCGGGGGGGAGGGGGGCUGGCGGCGAGAGAGGGAGGAUAGCUACUGUUUCAACAAUGGUGACCUAAAUUUUGAUUGGCUGGCGCUGGCAGAGAGCAACUACGGUAAAUUCAAGUUCGCAGGGAAACAUGCCUCUUUCUGAGAGUAAAAUCCUUCAACCUUCCUGCAGCAGGAAACUCUGCAGAAAUCUCUUUGGACCGGUUGAUCAUGAACAGCUCCAGAAGGACUUUCAGUCCUUGAUGAAGGUCCAGCUGGAAGAAGCCCAGCAAAAGUGGAACUUUGACUUUGAAACAGAAACCCCACUGGAAGGGAAUUACAAAUGGGAAAAGGUCUCUCAUCUAAAUAUGCUGCCAUCUCCAGAUCUCUUGGAACACACAAAGGAAAACAGCUGUACAGGGGAAAAGAGCCGGAGUCCUCCAGCACUCUUCAAGAGGCACACAAAGACAGAAAGACCAGGGCAGGUGGGCCUUGAAGCUUGUAAGGCUGAUUCCCCCAGAUGUUUGAAAAGAAAGCAGACAAGUAUCAAAGACUUUUAUGGUUCAAAGCGACGAACUAGCCCAUAUAAGCCAAAGCCAUGAUAACAACACUGCAAGCAAAGUCCAUCCAUGUCAUUCUGUUGGCUGAAGAUUUUGACCUCUCUUUAUUAUUAUCAGCUGGAAUGAUCUACCUGGGUAUCACACCCAGUGAACUCAUGCAGGAUGGCUAUUUUGAAGGACCAGCUAAUCAGCAUUACAGUUCAUUCUCUGAAGAGCCAGAAAUCUCUUAUUUUAUGUAAACUGUUUUAGUGCACUAGUACAACACUUCAGAAUGAUUUUUUUAAAAAACAAAUCAUUGAUAGCACUGGAGCCUUAUGUGCAAUGAAUUAUUGUAAAAUCUUUAUGUAUGCUUGUUGAAGCAGGAGAGAUCAUAUCUAAAGCAAGUGUGUAGGGGGCCAGUGUUGAUGGAUACAAGAAAGGGCCAACCUAAGUUCUGCUAGCUGCAGAGGUCUGCUUUAUGUGUCAUUUCACUUGUCACCUUUUAUGGGCCUCAGGGAAAGCUUGAUAUGAUGACUCACUAUAUGCGGGUGCAGGUCUAGGAAUCAAUAGGAUAGUAUAGGACAAUAUCUUAGACGUUGAUUUUCCUACAUCUUUUUACUCUAUUGUGUUUAAAGAAAUAUUGUGAGGGUGGGGGAAGAAUGGAUUGGGGUUUUUUUCAGGCUGGUAAGGGAUUUUCUUAAAAGAUGAAGAAUUUAUGGUUAUGGUGGGAACAAGUGUGCAUUAAACUGUAGCACUGCUGUGAAGAGGGUAGGGUUGUAAAUAUGUAAAUAUUGUAGCCUUUACCAGUUAUUUUUCUGGGUAAUUUAUAUGUCCUUUUAUUAUAUAACUACAGGAAUACGAUAUAAUUGUCUCCCAAUAACACAAAAAACAGAAGAUGCAACACAUAAUAUUUGUGGGAGGUAUAAUAAUAAAAUAUAGCAUACUUCACUACUGUCUUGCUUCUUCCAUACAGUAUAUUCUGUACCAACUUAAUUAGCUAUUGAAUCAUCUUUAAUGCAGUUCAUUCAUUUUGUAAUUAUGUAGCACUGUAGUGAUUAGUGAAGAAAAAUAGGGUGUGCCAGCAAGGGUUGAUGUACUAUAAUCUUUGACUUUCUAUUGCCUUAUUUCACUGGUAUAGCAACUUAGUGAUAGAAGCUGAUAUAAAGACUCAGCCCAGACCUGCUUUCUCUAAUUCCUACAGCUGCCUGUGUUUUCCAAGUGACUUUAAAUAAGGGGCAUUGCCAAACUGGCAAUUAUAUCACUUAAAAUGAGAUAAUCUAAUUUACAGAUCACUUUUACUUGGAAUUUGGGGUUAUUAUGAAUACUUGCUGCUGCACUUUCCUAUCAAAUAAUCAUGGGUACAGUGUGCUAUUCUAAUCAAAAGUUCAGGCCUUAUUAUAAUCAAAACUUUGGAACCCAUUUUAAGGGCAAAUUUGCUUACCUACACAAUGGCUUUAUUGCUGUCUUUUUGUAAUAAAUUAGGUACAAGGGUCCCUUGUCAGAAUUUUGUCACUGUAGGGCAGUGUUUUUCAACCUUUUUUGUGCAAACGCACACUGUUUUCAUGAAAAAAUCACGAGGCACACCACCAU